AUUUUACUGGUUACAACCAGAUUCACAGGUAGCAUCGCCGAUAAACACGCCCUUAUCUCCGCAUAUUUCCAUCAAUCCAGUCAAGUACAGCGCCACAGAUUUCAGUUGUUUGUCGAUCAGGAGCCAGCUAAUUCGCCUAAAAAUCAAGUCUCAAGAAACUUGAAAACUAAAGUUUCGCGUGUAGUAGUUUGAAAAACUGUCAAAAUCCCGGAUCUCCCGCCACCGCUCUUUGCACGGUCAUGACUGUUGAAUCGUUGGAAUAUCUGUGCACGCAUUUGUUGAAAAGCAAGCUGUUCGUGUUUUUCAAGUUCGGGAAUACAUUUUAUGUGUUUGGAGUUUGAUUUCAUGGCAAAGAAAUGUUGAGUAUUUUUUGCCGCGCCCGUAACUGUAUUUUAAUUUGAGUUGAGGACGGAGCAUGGUAGUCGGGUUGGAGGAGCGAUGAUAAUGGACGAGCAGCCGCACCAGGAGCUGGUGAAAUGCGUCGUGGUCGGCGACACCGCCGUCGGCAAGACCCGGCUCAUCUGCGCCCGCGCCUGCAACAAACAGGUCUCCCUCUCCCAACUCCUCAACACACACGUCCCCACCGUCUGGGCCAUCGACCAGUACAGGAUCUACAAAGACGUGCUGGAAAGAUCCUGGGAAGUUGUGGAUGGAGUGAAUGUUUCUCUCCGUCUCUGGGACACGUUUGGCGAUCACGAGAAAGACAGGAGAUUCGCCUACGGCAGAUCGGAUGUAGUGCUUCUCUGUUUUUCGUUAACUAGUCAUGUCUCUCUUCGAAACUGCAAAGCCAUGUGGUAUCCAGAAAUCCGCCGAUUUUGCCCGCAAACCCCUGUUCUCCUGGUUGGCUGUAAAAAUGAUUUGAGAUUCAUGUAUAGAGACGACAGCUACUUAACAUACUUCAGAGAUAAAAGUCCUUUCGUCCGACCAACCAGAAAAUGCGAUCUCGUAAUGCCUGAUGAGGCGCGGGCAGUAGCCCGAGAGCUUGGUAUCCAUUAUUAUGAGACAAGUGUCCUUACCUAUUUUGGUGUCAAUGAAGUUUUUGAAAAUGCCAUUAGAGCCGCUCUAAUUGCCCGGCGACAACAGCGCUUCUGGAUGACAAAUUUGAAGAAAGUUCAACGUCCUAUUUUACAGGCUCCAUAUUGUCCUCCGAAACCGUUGUUACCGGAAAUAUUCGUGCAAGACUCUGUUUUUGAAGAUAACUUAGUUGAGCUUUACAAACAACAAGCCUACACUGACGUAGUUUUUGUCACUGGAUCAGUCGGUUUCACAGCACACCGUUUUAUACUCUCAGCAGCCUCUCCGUCUUUACAUCGGCUAUUACUCUUGAAUGAUAAUGCAGGCAGUGAGGUUGGGCGCAGUGCCAGCGAAUCAAGUAUGGUUUCAUCAUUUGGAGAGACAACACAAGGCGAUUUCAAUGAAGACACCGAACACCUCAUACGAACAGACAAACAUUCAAAAUUAUGGAAGCAGUUGAAAAGGAGAUCUAGCUGUCAAGUUUUAUCGUCAAGUAGUUCUGCUUCAGCAGACCAUUGUAAAAAAUUUAACAAAGACUUAUCCCACCCAGCCUUUACAUCUAUUAAAAUUCAGCAAUGCGAAGGCUCAGAUCAUGGUGGGCAUGCAGUUACGUCCGUUCAAACUAUUAUAACCUUAAGCAAAUUAGUAACUUCGCAAGCCAUGCAACACUGUCUCCAAUUUCUCUACACGGGCUCUUUUGAUACCCGACUACCAGUCAGCACAUUACAGGAAAUUCGUCAAGCUGCAGAAUUUAUGGACUUAGCAGAAUUACUGGUGUUUGUAUCAAACGUCCAGUCCCAUGAAGAAUUCUUGAAUACAGCAUUGAAGCAGAGGUUCAAAUUGACUUUUAGAUCUAGGUUGAAUGAAAUCUGUCUUGGUGAAGGUGCCUUCUCUGAUGUGCUAUUUCAAUUAGAUGAUGGGCUCUUCGCUGCUCAUCGCGCUUUACUCAUGGCUCGCUGCGACAUGAUGAAAGCAAUGUUCUCAGGAGAUUUCCGUGAAAGCAAUGCCAAAGUGAUUCUCUUUCCUGGAGUCAAGGAGGAAACUUUUGAACAAUUAAUGACUUUCUUGUACACGGAUAAAGUUUCGUCUGAUUUUCUCUAUUGCAAAAAAACAGCUGCUGUUUCGCAGUCGAGACACCAUGUUCUUGAUAUUUUAGAGCUAGCCAACCGACUAUGUUUGCCAAGAUUAGUUAACCUCAUCGAGAAGAAAAUAGUGGAAGAACUGAUCUCAUUAUCAGGCACAAAUGAAUCUGAGAUAGUCCAACACUGUAUUCGCUUACUCGAGCCCUGUAAGUUACACAAUGCUGAUCAACUGGCAGACUGGUUGAUGAGUUAUCUUUGUGUCAAUUAUGAUAAACUUUGCAAACUGUCACCCAAGCUCUUGCGAAUGUUACAUCCGGACAAUCAGCUCUAUAUCACAGAGCAGAGGUGGCCUCCUGUUUGGUAUUUAAAGGACUACGACAACUAUGAAAAGUGCAAAAGCGAGCGUGAAAAAGAGGACCGACUGUUGUUCAAACGAAGCUCCUCGCCCUCCGGGUGCCUGUGCUUCUCGAGCAGUAGCAAAGCAAGUCGAACAACGCCUGCUAACCAUAUGUCUUUGACAUCAUCAAGUGACCGACCGCCUCCUCAGAUUGUCGUCGGGUUUACGCUUGCAUGACCCAAAAUGUUAACCUUAUUUUUCAUAUUUUGCUUUGUAAGUGUCAUGCUAUUGUCCAUCAUCAUUUUUUGCAUAGAGCUAUGGGUUUUAUAGGGAUUCGUUCAGAGGAUAGAACAUGUCAUAGCUGGUGUAUAGGGCCGUUCGGUUUCCUGACUAAUGUCACACAACAAAGAAAUGAGAAGAAGGGAAGGAUCUUGCAUUGUGACACUAUGCAAAACUGAGGACAAAGUGGCCAUGAUCCCCAAAAAUUCUUAGCAGAAAUUUUUCAAUAGUAUCAGGAAAAAUAUCAGCAAAAAAAUCUAGCAAAACAAGAAGUAAUUUUUAGAGAAUGCAUGAAGAGGGCAAAAGAUAAUAAAAAAUGUUGAAGUUGCAGUGUGAUUUAACUCUCGAAUGGAUCUUAGUUUUAUUUGAAUGUCUUGUUAAUGUGAAAGUCAAAUAUUUUGUAAAAGUGUUUUUUUGAAAAACUGAGUUAAAAAUAUUCCAAAAAUAUUUGUCCGCAGGAAUGUCAAUUUUGCCACAAAUCUAAAAGACUAUGGGGAAAUUGAAAACUUUUCUUAUACUACAUGCGUCCUAACUUCUUUUCUAAUUUUUUUUCAUUUCACCCAUCACAAGUACAUGAGUAACUUUUUCACCUUUGUAAUGGCUCAUUUAUUUCAAACACUUUUGUUCAAAAAUUAAUAAACUUCUUAUCAAACUCAUUUCAACAAAUUCAUUUUCAGAAGUGAACGUUCGAAAAAAAGCCCUCCUGAACAUGAAAUGAUUUUUUGUGUAAUUUUGGGUGUCUUUUGACGAAUGUAGGUGUCUCUUGAAUUUUUAAGGUCAACAGUUGUCAGUCAGUGUUGUUAAUAAUCAGAAACUUCCAUGAAUUUGUCCCUUUAUGAGCUGUAAGUUUAAGAAUCAAGAUCUCAUUUUCAUAGCAAAAUUUUUUUCAAAGCAUUAAUGACUAAUCGGAGGAUAUUCAAUCUGCUUUGAUUACAAGUCUUCUAAUUUGAAGCAAUUUUUUAAAUUCUGUAUUUGUGGACAAAAUUUACAUCAAUGCUUAAAGUCCAAACCUCCGUUCCUGACAUCACAGAAUUUCAUACUUUAUUUUUUCCUUGGAAAUCUAGUCAAUGUAAUAUCUUGAACACUUGAUUGAUUUUUCUACCCUGGUAGCAGGAGGAUUUUCUUGUCAGAUGCCUUGUUUCUUUUCAAAAAAGUAAAGCAGAGACUUUGAAACUCCAAAAUGGAAGUACGUCGUAAGUACGGAAGUAAGUUUUGCCAUUGAUAUGCGCCAUUAUUACAAGAACUUUUUGUUUUUCAACUUUGGCCGAUAAUAUUUGGAUGGAUCCAAGUAGAAUCAGCCUAACUGCAUCUUAUGUUGUUUAAUUUCCUCUCAUAAUUUACCUUCUUUACAGACAACUAAACUACUUAAUAUCUUUAAACUUCCAGUGAAUUUAAAACUGUAGAUUAUGAACAUCAUACCUGUAAAUUUUCAAAUUUUAAUGUUACUUUGUUUAUCUGUUUAAAAAAUAAAACAUGAGAGAAUAUUAGGAAACAUGGAAUGUAUUUAGGCCGUUUCUGGCUAAAUCCGUCCAUUUCAUCAAAUCAUAAUAAAUUCAAGUAGGUUGUGCAAUAAAUUCGAAUACUGGUAAAAGAGCCCAUGCCAAUAUUCAGAUAAACUCACAAUCAAUAUCUAAGUUUACCAAUUUUGUGUUCUAGUUCUCAGCUUUAUGCCGAUUACUUCUCUCAUUCUAGAAUUCAAAUUUUUCAUUUUAGCGUUUCUUCAACAUUUCUCUACACUCUGUAACUGAUCUACAAUAUUGUUGUAAUUUUUAAAAUUUGUACUCUUUGCACCGUAGGUACUGCUGUAGACUCUGGUAGUCUUUUAUUCUCUGCUCAUAGCCAGGAAAUUACUAAAUAGCCGUACUUUUUCCAGUUGUAAGAUUCAAUAGCCUCAGUAAUGCUGUUUUCAACUGCGUAUUGUAUACUUGUAGUCAUUCAGUUGAUGUGUAUACAUAAUUUUUAGCAAUACCUAAAUGCAAUUGGUUCAAUUAUUUCUCAAUUAUUUUGCUGAAUUAGCUUAGGGUCUCGUGUAAGCAUUCCGAGUAGGUACUUAUGAAGUUUACAAUUACUAUAAAUAUUUUAAUGUAAAGACACUCUUAGUGAUAAUAUGACCUGUGAUAAUUUUCGAUAAAUUAGAGCAUUUCGCUAAUUGCAAUUCUUUUUUGGUGCCAGGUAAAAGCUUUUGAAGCGCGAUAUAUUUAGGGUGGCAACUCCCGGCAGCAACCUCUUUGAUUAGCUUCAAAGUAUCAUCCCCAUCUGUAAGAAAAAAAAGCACCAUAAAUCGACUCUCAUAUUUUUUUUGUACUUUUCUGGUUUUUUAGUAAUUUUCGUCUCUCCUAUACUCUUCUAUGAGAGUAGAGUUUAGUUUCUCAAUUAUAUUAUAUUUGUAUGGAAGACAUCAAAUUCUAUAUUGUAGUUCAAUCAAAGGCAUUAAGUUCAAACGUAAGUUAAGGAAAUAGCUGAUCGGCAGCAGGAAAAUAAUUCUUUGGAAUCUCUCCUGAAACAUGUGAGUUUUUCUUAACUUAUUCCAUGAGUUUUUGGUUUCUCAUUUCGAAUUUAAUUUGUGUUUUUCCAGUUCUGUUAUCUUCAGUCUUACGCUUACACCUUAAUUUUUUGCUUUUCCGCUGCUAAUUAAAUCAACAUUAGUUGCUUUAAAUCAUCCAAACUUUCUUGAAUGUACCUAAUACUUUUCUUAUUUUGUUUAAUGACUUUAUUUGAUGAAUGAAUAUCUUCAACUUUUGAUAAAAUAGAUGGUGAUAUUAUCAAUCCUCUUUUUCAAAACAAUAGGUUUGUCCUUUUCUUAUGCUUCUACUCCGUGUCAAAUAGUUAAUCUGUUCCGCAUUGCGUUCAUCUCGCUAGCUUUACUCUUUCCUCAAAUCAGCCUUUUGAUUAAGAAUAUGAUCCAAGUAAAAAGAUUAAAAUUAGAUGGACAUAGGCACUAGAGAGAAUUAUGUGAUUGAAAAUCUAUGCUUAAAUCAGAACCGAGUCAGAAGGUAUUUAAUGGUUGUCUUCCGAGGAAAAUCUUUUUGUUUAGAAGUUCAGUUUUAGAAAAAUAUUUAUUUGCUAAAAACAGACCAAAAUCAUCAAGCAAAAUUUUGAAUUUUUGCAGUCGUUUUCUGAAUAAUGCACUUGAUUAUUUGAUUGCUGCGUCUCCUAGAUACCUAAUAAAUUUUGACUCUUAGUUUAUCACGCAACCAUCAGCCAUGUCUCAACUAUUCUAUUAAUUUGUAACUGUAAACAUUGUUAACUUCCAUUUACAUUGUUUUAUACGUUUUUAUUCUUCUAAGUAUAGCUUGUAAAUUUUAUUCUUAAGAUAAUAAUCCAUACAUUGAAAGUAGGAAAGUUUUGUAGACUUCUUGAAUCAUUUUUGGAACAGUGACUGUAUUGAGCAGGAAUAUUCUGUAAAGUUAAAGCGAGUAAGUCCGCCAUCCCAAAGCAGCAAGUUGGCGACCAAAAGCAGCAUGACGACCUGACAUAGGAAUUCUGAUCAAAGUUCAAGGAACUUUAAGUUUAAACUCUUGCCCAUAUUAUAUCCAGGAGUAGGUAGGCUCUUUUAAUAUUUCCGAUCAAACUUCUCUCCUAUUGUCUUUAACAAUGUUGGCUUCCCCAUGUUAGAGAGAAAGUUGUCCUCUUUUUGUUGAAUUUGUUACCACUGAUUUGUGUGUACAUGCGGUAGGAGAAAAUUGUGCAGUACAUAUACAUAUUUGGGGUUCCGAAAACUUUGUAAAACACUAUGGGGUUUAAGACAGACGUCAUAAGAAGUAUGCUUUGAACAGCUGUCACUGAUUUUUUCCAUCAAUUUGAAGUUAUUUAGUGCCAUAUAUUUUUAAAUAGUGAGUUUAGGUUACUGAAUUUUUGCUUAAAUUUAAUUAAAAUAAAGCUCUUUUCUAUUUUAUUCCA